UUUCGAGUAUCCCAUAUUAUAUCUUGGAAUUGAUCUGGAUUUGUUGGAAAAGGAGAAGGACUCUGGCGGAUUCUUGUUGGGUUAUAACAAUAGAAGAUCUAUUUUCAAUAUCAAUGAGGAUGACUAUCUCGGGAACAUCAAUCCUAGAAACACUUCUACACCAUUUAAAAAGAGAGAAUUAAGAUCAAUAAGAGAGAAACUUCUCUGGCACAUGUCAAGACACAAUAUUCCCACGGAAGAAUUCCUUCGCAUAGAGUUAGUGACCACCCCAAAACUUUUGAACUAUGCAUUUAAUCCGGUCAACUUUUACUUUUGCUAUGAUCUACACAACUCUCUGAGUGUCAUAGCGAUAGAGAUCAAUAACACCUUUGGCGAAAAACAUUUGCACAUCUUGAACCGCGAUAACGACGCCGAUGACGCAAACAGGAUUGGAUACGACAUGAGCUUUACGGUAAAGAGAGCGUUUCACGUGUCACCAUUUAACGAUCGCAAAGGCACAUACAGAAUAUAUUGCAAGGACCCCGCGUCGGGAUACCUCAACUUGAGAUUUGUUAUGCACACGGAUUCUUCCAGAGGAGGGAUCGUUCCGGGCAAGAAAAAAUUUGUGGCAACGGCUAGAGGACAUUCCUAUAUUCUUAAUCGCCUUAGCGUCCUGUACGCUUUGCUCACCUAUCCCACGGAGAUUUUCUUGACGAUGCCUCGCAUACUCAAAGAAGCAUACAAAUUACAUUAUUACAAGAACUUGGGGAUUUACCAUAAGCCUGUCCCAAUCGAGGGAACCAUUGUGAAAUUGGAACCGAACUCAUUUGAUUUGUGGCCGCCCGUGAAACUUCAAUCUAACCCGAACGAGCCAUUUUCACCGUUCUUUCACAAUUCCAAACACAUAAUAUUGACUCUACAUAAUUACACAUUUUUCACGAACUUUUUGAUCAAUCAAAUCCCUUACCGAGCAUUGAUUUUGGGUUAUUUCGAGAAAGCGUGGGAUUGCAAUAAUUUACCGUUAUUGAUACAUUUUCUUUUUAAUCUCUCGAGGAGAGUGGACUACAAUAAUGGCAUCAACACAAUACACAGAGACUACAAACUUAAAUUAAGCAAAUAUGAAACAAUCACGGCGAUGUUGCGGAGGCGGUAUUGGCGCAAGGUAUUGAGGGAUGAAGAGUCUGGUGGUCUGAAAUCGAAAGUAGAGUUUGACAAGAUUUUGCAAAGUCUUUGGCCACCGAAAGGUGUCGAUCACGAUUUCGUCGCUUCCGUGAUGCAGGGUGAUGUUUGCUAUGACUUGAGAAUUGAUGGAGAGACCAACUCGCAUGAGAAUGUAGCGAUAGCGAUUCGAGAUUUAUUAGCGAUGGAUAGCGAAGGCAAAAUUGUGGCAUUAUUCGGAUACACCCAUUUAUACCUACUCACCAUCCCCUCAAACAACUCGAUAAGGCAUCUUUCACCAGUAAUAUCAAACAAACUGCACUUGCUCCCAUUUCCACCGCGUUAUAUCCCAUACGAGAACAAAGAGCCGAUAUUACAUCCAAUUGAUCAAUUUCUAUUUUCAUCCUCAUAUGCCGCCUCCGACAUAAUAAUAUCCACCGAUAAAGAAUGCGAUGAUGAGGUAAUCGCCUUGACCGCGACUAUCGCGAGUAAGGUGACAAAAACUUUGGAGAAGUUGAAGUAUAUUUGGAUGAUACUAUCGAUGACAAACAUGUAUCGAUUGGAUUCGAGAUUUUGGCAAAUGACCACCGGAUUCGUGGGCGGACCUAGCGGGAAUCCAUUCUUAUCCGAAAAGUGGUUGUGGGAAGGGGUUAUUGAUAUAUUGAAGAAUGGUGGUAAUUACCGAGAGGAGACUAGGAAUGCUAGGAUGCGGAAAAGGGAUUUCGAGCAAGGGGAAAAGGUAAAUGAGAGAGACGAGAAUUUGUUUGAAGGAUGGGAGGUCGUUUAUGAGCGUAUAGCCGAGAAGGAACACCUUCAACUCGCGACGACCGCUCCACCUACGCCAAAACCUCCAAUCGUACAUGUAUCAACAAAAAAUCCCAACAUAGAACCCGACAAACAACAGAGAUUGUGGUAUUUCAUGAAAUGUUAUCGAAAGGUCGUACUGUUUAGAGAUGAUUUUGACUCGGAACAUUAG